AUGAUAAGAGCAGCUUUGUAUCUGUUAAAUAUCUUGAGCAUGACGACUUCUUGUAAUAACUCAGAUCAUGCUUUGAUGCUCAGAUGCAAUUUACUCUUGGGAGCAUCGAUUAUACGUGAUUACGACGUGAUCCAAUGUCAAAUAACUAAGAUACUCAAGCAAAUAUCUACCAAGAAGGAUGAGGAUAAAAAUUACGAAACAGCACUGAAUUAUUUAAUUUUUCCACAGCUGUUCUGA